UUACUCACAAACAGAGAACACAGGAGACAGUGUGUGUCGGUAUGUAGGCGCUCUCGAUAACAAAUGUUUGGGAAGACACUCUUUAAAAGUUAUGAGGAUUUCUCUUCGGAAAUGUGUAAAAAUCGCGAUAUGUCUGUUUAUCUCAGUCUUUUCGAUUAUAUUAUAUUUUCAUGAUAACUUCGAAAAAAGUUUUAAGACACAGGGACAAAGUUUUGGACAGAAACAACAUGGCGUCGUGGGACCUGUUGAUCAGCAUUCGGACACUGAAUUGUCGCGGAAACAACGAAAUGCUAUGUCGGUAGAAACUAUUAAGGAUGAUGAAAAGGAGAAAACUCAUAAAGUGCUCCCCAGGUUGAAAUCGAAAAACUCAACGACAGAAAUUGAUGACAUUUUUAUUGCCGUCAAAGCGACCAAAAAAUAUCAUAAUCGUCGCCUGAAACUGCUGCUGGAUACGUGGAUCCCCCAAGCCCGGGAGGAGACAUACAUCUUCACAGAUGGCGAUGACAAGUUGGAUGUUCCUGAUGGCCACCUUAUCAACACUAACUGCUCCAACACUCAUAAUAGGAUAGCACUUAGCUGUAAGAUGGCAGUGGAAUAUGAUUUCUUCAUGUUCACAGGCAAACGAUGGUUUUGUCACCUUGACGAUGAUACUUACCUGAAUGUGCCAGGCCUAUUGAAACUUCUACAGUCCUACAACCACACAGAUGACUGGUAUUUAGGUCGCCCAAGUCUACGACACCCGAUAGAAGUUAUGAAGAGAUCUAACCCAGAGCAGAAAAUAGCUUUCUGGUUUGCCACAGGUGGAGCUGGGUUCUGCAUUAGCCGCAGCUUGGCCCUCAAAAUGAUGCCGCAUGCAAGUGGAGGGCGAUUUAUGACAACUUCUGACAUGAUUCGCUUGCCUGAUGACUGCACCGUAGGAUUCAUCAUCAACAACCUGCUACAGAAGGAGUUGACUGUAAUUGACCGUUUCCACUCCCACCUGGAGGCUCUCUUUUUGAUACACAAUUUGAAGGAACAGUUGACGUUCAGCUACUCGGAUAACAAUAUUGUGCACAUUGAUGGGUUUUCGAAGAAUCAGGACCCCACCAGAUUGUACUCCCUCCACUGCAUGCUGUUUCCAACAGCGGAUAUAUGUGAUACUCUCAGGAAAGGACAUACAGUAGCCUAGAAGACACCCUACGUCCUGGAACAGGAAAACCCAUGGUAGUCUAGAACAUACCCUAACACAGCUGGAACAGGAGACACCUAACACAGCUGGUUCAGGAGACACCUAACACAGCUGGAUCAGGAGACACCUAACACAGCUGGAACAGGAGACACCUAACACAGCUGGAUCAGGAGACACCUAACACAGCUGGAACAGGAGACGCCUAACACAGCUGGAACAGGAGACGCCUAACACAGCUGGAUCAGGAGACACCUAACACACCUGGAACAGGAGACGCCUAACACAGCUGGAUCAGGAGACACCUAACACACCUGGAACAGGAGACGCCUAACACAGCUGGAACAGGAGACACCUUGGUUACAUACCUUAUAAGUCUUACUACACAGCUGGAACAGGAGACAUCUGGGUUACAUACCUUACGAAUCUUACUACACAGCUGGAACAGGAGACGCCUAACACAGCUGGAACAGGAGACAUCUGGGUUAUAUACCUUACAAAUUUUACUACACAGCUGGAACAGGAGACGCAUGGGUUAUAUACCUUACGAGUCUUACUAAACAGCUGGAACAGGAGAUGCAUGGGUUACGUACCUUAUGAGUCUAACUAAACAGCUAGAAUUGGAAAAACACAGGUUCUGUAUUCUGGAUUGCAAUAUCAUGGUUGGAAAGGGUGUCAAUGUCAGUCAGAAAAUAAGCUUUUUGUGAUACUCGAACAAUUUAACUCAUGUAUAUACUACUGUUGUUAUUGACAUUAUGUUCUCCAUAUUAUGUCUUUCCCUUUUUCUACUUUUUGUUCUUUUUUUCAAAUAUGAACUAAUUGCAGUCAUAUAAUGUGACAAUGAAGAUGUAGAUAUCUCCUUAUCGCAAUGUUGUUGUAAAUUAGGUUUUCUUUAUAAUACACAAGGAUGUGUUCGAUUGCCUGCUAAUGAUGGUUGAUAGUUUAUAAUGCUCUCUCAGGUUUAUUUCUGUUCAGUGUUAUGUUUCAAUGAUGUACCUGAUGACCCCUCACACUUGGUGGACUGUGUUCAGUGUACAAUGGUGAACCUUAUGACCCCUCACACUUGGUGGACUGUGUUCAGUGUACAAUGAUGUACCUGAUGACCCCUCACACUUGGUGGACUGUGUUCAGUGUACAAUGGUGUACCUGAUGACCCCUCACACUUGGUGGACUGUGUUCAGUGUACAAUGGUGAACCUUAUGACCCAACACUUAUUGGACCAGUAUUAAGGGUACAAUGGUGAACCUUAUGACAUUUACACUUAUUGGGCCAGUGUUCAGGGUACAAUGGUGAACCUUAUGACAUUUACACUUAUUGGGACAGUGUUCAAGGUACAAUGGUGAACCUUAUGACCCCACACUUAUUGGGACAGUGUUCAAGGUACAAUGGUGAACCUUAUGACCCCACACUUAUUGGGCCAGUGUUAAGGGUACAAUGAUGAACCUUAUGACCCCACACUUAUUGGGCCAGUGUUAAGGGUACAAUGAUGAACCUUAUGACCUCUACACUUAUUGGGCCAGUUUUCAGUGUACAAUGGUGAACCUUAUGUCCCCACACUUAUUGGGUCAGUGUUCAGGGUACAAUGGUGAACCUGAUGACCCCAUAUUUAUCGGGCCAUUGUUCAGGGUACAAUGGUGAACCAUAUGACCUUUCACUUAUUGGGCCAGUGUUAAGGGUACAAUGGUGAACCAUAUGACCCCACACUUAUUUGGCCAGUGUUCAGGGUACAAUGGUGAACCUUAUGACCUAACACUUAUUGGGCCAGUGUUCAGGGUACAAUGGUGAACCUAACGGACCAACACUUUCUUAGAAUUGUGUUCUAUAUAUUGCUAUAUGCUCUCCCUGUGUUAUAAAUGACCAAACAGUGUUGUAUAUUUUUAUAUGAAGAUGUACAUUUCUAGACCAUUUUGUAUAAAACAGAAGGAGUUAAUCAUUCCCACUAUUUUGAUGAAUUACAUGUUGAAGUUUAUUGUUUUCCAUGACUAGCCCUGAUGGCCUCGCACAACUUUUGGGAGGAUUAAUAUGGUCAUCAGUGCUCCAUUAUCGUUUAACUUUUUUAUAAUAUUGUUAUUGGGACCAUAUUUAGACUAAAACAUCAAGUAGGUUUGUUAUAUUCUUAUUGGGACCAUAUUUAGACUCAAACAUCAAGUAGGUUUGUUAUAUUCUUAUGGGGACCAUAUAUUUAGACUCAAACAUCAAGUAGGUUUGUUAUAUUCUUAUUGGGACCAUAUUUAGACUAAAACAUCAAAUAAGUUUGUUAUAUUCUUAUUGGGACCAUAUUUAGACUAAAACCUGAAGUGUUUUGAAGUUAUUGUCUCCCCUGUGAUGAAGUCAUGAAGUGAGUCUAGGUUGUUACUCUUUUUCCAGUUACGAUAGCGUCAUCAUCAACUUUUCACUUUUGCAUUAAGAUCUAUUGCUCAAAAGAUAAUUCCAACUUUAACCAAACUUGGUAUACCUGGUAGAGUUAGAUUUAUGGAAUUUAGGGAUGCUUGGAAUCAGGACUUUAUUGUUUAGGUCAGCUUCUCAAAAAGUAUCAAUAUUAUUUUAACACAACCUGGAAUAGAUGCAUUGUAGUAUGGACAACACAACACACGCUCAGAUUGACGUGAAUUUUAAAUUUUUGUUGUUGUAUUUUGGGGUUAAAAUUCUUAGAUUUGAGAAAAUUAAUUUAAAAUCCUGAUAGCAUCUCCUUUUGGUUUACAAAUUAGUUUAUAGCAAAAUUGAAGUGAAUUUGGGGGUAAAUGACAUAUUUAGGUUAUUUUGAGAUAAGUGAUUUUGCAGAAUUUGGUAUUUGUUUUGCAGUUCAUCAAUAUUUACAUAUGUCUAUAAUGUGUACAGGGUACUUCCAUACUAUCAAGUGAAAGUUUUUGAAUGAUUUUGGAGAAAUAAUGAAAUGUUAGUGGAUUAUUGAGUUUGGUUAAAACUUACUAUACCGACAAAGCGAGACAGGCGAGACAUAUAUGAUAACAUAUAAUUCUUGUUAAAUCCUGAAUGGGUCCAUAUUUAGGUUAAACAUUUAAUAGGUGUAAGGUUUUUAUAAAGACAAAAUACCAGCUGGAUGUUGGUCCAUAAAUUCUUCAAUGUCUUCAACCAAUGAAAAAAAAACCUACCACAAAACCAGAAAUGGUAUUGCUGUGUCUAUAUUUUGUAUUUAGAUAUUUUUUCCAAGAAUAUUUUAUUGUGCAUAUCACUGAACCUUUGAUCUCUUCUAAUGCUAUCAUGGUAGUAAACUACCACAAUUUAGAGUGUGUACUGAAAUUAUAUCUUUUACUCAGCAUACACUUUCAAAUUUUAGUGAUUUCUCUUGUGUUCGUUCAUUAAGAAAUCCACGUAUCCAUUUUCUAUUUUGCUCAAGUAAGGUUAAGAGUUAUUGAUUACUUGAUAAACAAAAUUUAAUUGACGGAAUGGAGCUAUUCUCAUAAAAUGAAUUCACUUUGUUCUGAUAUGUGGUGAUUUACUGGGUUCUGAUAUGUGGUGAUUCACUGGGUUCUCACAUGUGGUGAUUCACUGUGUUCUGAUAUGUGGUGUUUCACUUUAUUCUGAUAUGUGGUGAUUUGCGGUGUUCUAAGAUAUGGUGAUUCACUAUGUUCUGAUAUGUGGUGAUUCACUGGGUUCUGAUAUGUUGUGAUUCACUGUGUUCUGAUAUGUGGUGAUUCACUGUGUUCUGAUAUGUGGUGAUUCACUGUGUUCUGAUAUGUGGUGAUUCACUAUGUUCUGAUAUGUGGUGAUUCGCUGUUUUCAGAGAUGUGGUGAUUCGCUGUGUUCUGAUAUGUGGUGAUUCACUGUGUUCUGAUAUGUGGUGAUUCACUGUGUUCUGAUAUGUGGUGAUUCACUGUGUUCUGAUAUGUGGUGAUUCACUGUGUUCUGAUAUGUGGUGAUUCACUAUGUUCUGAUAUGUGGUGAUUCGCUGUUUUCAGAGAUGUGGUGAUUCGCUGUGUUCUGAUAUGUGGUGAUUUACUAUGUUCUAAUAUGUGGUGAUUCACUAUGUUCUGAUAUGUGGUGAUUCACUGUGUUCUGAUAUGUGGUGAUUCACUAUGUUCUGAUAUGUGGUGAUUCACUGUGUUCUGAUAUGUGGUGAUUCGCUGGGUUCUGAUAUGUGGUGAUUCGCUGUGUUCUGAUAUGUGGUGAUUUACUAUGUUCUGAUAUGUGGUGAUUCACUAUGUUCUGAGGCGUGGUGAUUCACUGUGUUCUGAUAUGUGGUGAUUCACUGGGUUCUGAUAUGCGGUGAUUCACUGUGUUCUGAUAUGUGGUGAUUCACUAUGUUCUGAUAUGUGGUGAUUCACUGUGUUCUGAUGUGUGGUGAUUCACUGUGUUCUGAUAUGUGGUGAUUCACUUGGCUCUAUGUGGUGAUUCACUGGACUCUGAUAUGUGGUGAUUCUUUGGGCUCUCACAUGUGGCGAUUCACUAUUUAAUCUGUGAACAUAGGUAAUGUGAAAAUCUGCUUUCAUGUUGGACUGAUUAUCUUGCAUCAACUGAGGUCACUGAUCUUUUUACUGUGAGUCUUUUUGUGUCGAGAAUAUCUAGUUUUGACAACUUUUUAAUAUGUGGGCCAAUUUCGAUGAAACAUUAUAGAUAUCAUAACUAACCCUGCAGUCAAAGCUUUAUUCAUUUGAACUCCUUUUUAACUGAUCUCUGUUCUUUUAUUGAAGAAUAUUUGUCCAGGCAAAUUCUCCUAAACUUGGAUUGAUUUCAUUGAAGCUUUAUAUGUAUAGCUACCAUUUGACAGGAUACAUUUGGGUUUUAUUAGGUCAUCUGAGAUCUCAAUUAACCUGUUAUUCUCAUCGUAAGUCUAGCUGUUGUCAAGGGUCGUUCAUCUAUAAACAAAUUACAUUUUUGACUUUUUCUCAAUAACCAAGAGGCCCAGGGUUAUGAUAUUGGGCCAGCAGCAUGUUUGGAUGAGGGACUACUUAGUUUGUUAAAAUGAAUUACCUUGAUCUAUUUUCAAGGUCACAGGGUUCGAAUGUGUUAAAUGUUAGUUGAAAAGCAAAACAUCAUCUGUUAGUGUACAGAACUCAGGUGACAGCUAAGACCCAUGGGCUUCUUGUUUUUCUAUUCCGACCUUUUGUUAAUGAACUUUAUUGAAAAUAAAAUUCAAGUUUUCCUAUGUUGCUGCAUUAAUAUGUUUAAAAAGUUAAUACGUAUGUUCCAAAUGUUGAAACUGUGAGAGGUUUCAAUAAUCCAUUGAAUCCAUGGGAUGACACUCUUGGUUGUAUUCAGUAUUGUAUUUACUGUAAUCUAUCUGUUUGGAACAAAUUGCUUCAUUUAGAAUUCUUGUUGACUUUCUACUAUUUCCAUAACUUUAUUAUGAAUGCUUGUAAUUCCAUUUUUGAUUUAGCAUGUGAAUUGUUACUUUGAUAUCAGACUGAACCUUGUUAUUCUGUGUAUUAUAAAUGUACAUAAGAUACUUGUUUAAUGUUUAUAUUUUAUGUUUUACAUAUUAAUGUGCAUUACGGGACCUAUCUGUACUAUAUAAUAGAUAUGGGGUAACGCUUGUCAUACUACUAGUUCAUGAUAUCAUUUGAUACAUGUUUCAUUUUAUAACAUUAUGUCAAAGUCCACAAUUGUACAUUGUUGUCAUGGUCCCCCAUCAUGGUAGUGAGUAAUUUGAAACAUGUAACGGCCAAGUUUAUACCAUAUACAAUGAUAACAACUUUGAACCAUCCAAACAAUGAUUACUGACCUUGGACCAUCAAGACAAUGUUAACUGACCUUGGACCAUACUUACAAUGACUGACCUUGGAUCAUACAGACAAUAAUUGACCUUGGAUCAUACAGACAAUAAUAACUUGACCUUGGAUCAUACAGACAAUAAUUGACCUUAUACUCCAUGAUGAGUGACCUUGACCAAUGUAAUUGUUGGCCCUAGACUGUCCUUUUAUUUAGAAUGACUUUAUAUUUAGCAUGAUUUCUGUAGCUUUUGUACCUAGUUCAUUUUGAUUUGUUCAUUAUGACACAGCUGAAAGUUGGGACCACAAUCGUAAUUUUUAUACCUUUUAUUAUAAAUGUAUUAUAUUGACUUUUGCUUACUAUGUUUUUGGUGGCUUGGAGUAUUCUCUGCCACACAUUUAAUGUUAGAUGACUAAGUGUGAUAUGCUGAGCAAACAAUGGUUAUAUUACUGUAGUGUAGAUACACCAUUCUAUUUUUAAAGUAUCAGCAUAACUCAUAAUUAACACCACUUAACACUACUGUAAAACCUCUAUAUAACACCCCUUGUAUGUCACACUACUGUAAAACCUCUAUAUAACACCCCUUGUUUACCACAUUGCUGUAAAACCUCUAUAUAACACCCCUUGUUUACCACAUUGCUGUAAAACCUCUAUAUAGCACCCCUUGUUUACCACAUUGCUGUAAAACCUCUAUAUAACACCCCUUGUUUACCACAUUACUGUAAAACCUCUAAAUAACACCCCUUGUUUACUAAACUAUUGUAAAACCUCUAUAUAACACCCCUUGUUUACCACAUUGCUGUAAAACCUCUAUAUAACACCCCUUGUUUACCACAUUGCUGUAAAACCUCUAUAUAACACCCCUUGUUUAACCAAACUAUUGUAAAACCUCUAUAUAACACCGUGGAUUUUCCUGCAAUAGAAACAGGUUCCGUUAAAAGGACCCAUUCCCCUAAAAAAAUCUGAAAAAUUCCCAAUUAUGAAGUCACUUUUGAAUGAUUAAAUAAGUUUUAUCUACAAAGACAGAUACUACCAGGGUAAGGUACUUUUGAAAAAUAGUAAAAACACCAGCUAUAGAUAACAAAAUGAAAUGUAAAAUAAUAUAAAGGCAAUAUACAUCAAAUAUUGCUGUAAAACCUCUAUAUAAUACCUUUGUCUCUCUACAGUAAAACCUCUAUACACUGCCCCUUUGUCUCUCUUCAGUAAAACUCUUAUAUACUGCCCCUUGAAUGUCUCUACAGUAAAACCUCUAUAUGCUGCCCCUUUGUCUCUCUACAGUAUAACCUCUAUACACUACCCCUUUGUCUCUCUACAGUAAAACCUCUAUAUGCUGCCCCAUUGUCUCUCUACAGUAUAACCUCUAUACACUAUCCCUUUGUCUGUCUUCAGGUGUCUCUCUACAGUAAAAUCUCUUAUAUACUGCCCCUUAGACUCUCUAAAAAUCCUAUAUACUGUCCAUUCUUCGUCUCACUACAGUAAUAUCUCCGUAAACGUUUCUUUAUAGUUGUUCUAUUUCAUUUGGCUAAUAUUGUGCCGUCGUUCCAGUUGGACAUAGCUCUCGUUUAUGAAAUUAGGUACAACCACGCCUUGUUAACAUUCUGCAGUACUGUAAUUUCUGGUGUAUUUCCUGCUCUGUUAGAUUGCCCGCAAAAGUGGAAAUAAUGAGUUUGAGGUCGCCUCAAGUCACAAGUGACCUAUUCUAAUCACCUUUUCUCUGUCAUAGUGCAUUAUCUGUCUGUAAACAAUUUACAUUGUUGACUUCCCCCGAAACCACUGAACCAAAUUCAGUGAAAUUUGGCAGAUAGCUUCAAGGGACAGAGGUCAACCGAAAUUGUGAAUUAUAUGGUCCCAACCCCCCAGGGGCUUAGGGGCGGAGCAAAAAGAGUGAAAUUGACUAAAAUUCAAAAAGCUUCUUCUCGAGUCCCAAAUAAGGUAGAAUCAAAUACAUGGAAGGGUCCUAAGUUGCUUUACCAAUAUUUUGAAUUUCAUGACCCUGGGGUCUUACAUUUGCCCCUUGGGAGGGGGUGCACUUUGCUAAAGUUCAUAUAGGAAACUAACCCCUAAAUACUGCCAAAGUACAUUUAUAUAAUUCUAUUGUUCUUGAUCUCUAUUGUGCAUGAUGAUAUGUAUUUGGUUUCAAAUCAAGUGUUCCAUGCUUUACUUCAAAGAAAAAAAUUCAUUUGUAUGUUUUUAUCAUAAUUGGUGCCUUUUUCUUUUACUUCGUUCAGACAGAACAAUUUUAGUAUUAUGUUUGUUUAUAUUUUUGUUCAAUGAUCAACUUCUAAUUAAGAAAGAAAGACAUGAAAUUUUAUGAAGAUUCAGAAAUUUUGUUUUCAAUAUAGACCACUACGCUGAGAGAAAACUGUUCGUUCAUUCCAGUGGUCAGCUACUUGUUUAAAUCAUUGGGCACUGGUGCUAAAUAAAUAUAUUUUUUGUUAAAA